GACACCUUCGCACUUCUCGCCUUCCAAACAGCGACAGUCGAACUUGAAGUCGGCUCGUGAUAACACGCCACUAGUAGAGUACAAUGAACAAACGAUGCACCCGAGUCCACAGCUGACCUUCCACACCGAUCCACUCUGACACUGUGGACGAUGGUCUAAGCCUUCUACCAUACUCGGAUAUAAAGAUGCACCUCAUAGCGUACGUCGAGGCCACCACAAAUCGUCCGCUCUUCCUUGACCCCAAUCAUACUCUGCAUUAUCAUGGAAAAGAUGUCCACCACCACAGCCAUGACGUGCUGCAAUAGCCCUACUUCGAUGAGCAUCACAAAUGCUCAGGUCCUGUCCCCUAACAACAUACUCACCCCCGCCGAACGAAAGGCCUUCGGUAGAUCAGAUCAUAAAGCUGGCAAGGUCCUCGGCGUCACACUCACGCGUAACCACGUGGGACAGGAUAAGAGACUUUCUUUGUGCCUAUCACAAGAUCAAGAGAAUUUCCAAGGUGAUAACGAGGAAGGUGCGGUUAUAGGUACAAAGCGUUCAUUCAGCCGCAAUGCAAGCACCACCACCAUCAUUGGGCCACUCAAGGACAGGCUUGGCCGUAUACUCGCUUCAGGUAUGAAAAUGGUAGAGAAGCAGAACAAGGGGCGCAUGGCCGCUGGGGGAUAUCCGCCACGCAUUGUCUUGGGCCUCUUACGGUCCAAUGAAUUACCUGGCAAGGAAGGUAUGGAAGAACUACCGACUGGCGUUAGCGACGAACUUUGUGCCCAUUCGCUUGCGGAGCUAGAUGAGAAUGAAAAUACAGAGGCGCCUCUUGGAGCCGAGUUUCUAGAGCGAAAUGAAGAGGAGCAAGACGAUCUAUUUGGCGGUUCCCCGAUGGACCUUGUUCGGGACGUCGAAAACCCGUUGGCGAGUCCGGCCCUUGAUCGACGUGUUUCACCGGUUGCAUCUCCAAUUCAUUUCGAGGUAUCAUUCGAGGAAGAAAGUCUGGCACUCUCCUCUGACGACUCGUUUGACUACAUGCUUCGUCCGGCGGAACGGGCUUACGUCGAUUUUUUGAUUGCACAGGACGAAGUCGAAGGGCAAACAGUGGAGAGGAGAGCAUUGCGAUCCAGGAACAAAGUGCUGGAUGUGUUGGGAGUAGAGGCGCGACAAGCAGUCAAUGAGCAAUGCUAAACACUGCUAGUUGAAAUCAUAUGCUUAUGGGUCGUGUUAGUCAGACUCAUAAGUGGCUUGGGCACAAGCUUUCGAAAUCGCGGACGUUCCAUUAGGCUUAGGUUCAACAACUAUAUGUCUUUGCCAAGCGCCUGUUUUAAUGUGAAUCUAUAUAUGACGUAGUAUCUACUCACAGUUGUACAAUUAUGUAAGAGCGAUAAUAAAUUAG